AUGGUAUUUUUCUUAUGGGAAAACAAUGACGCAACAAAAAUCAGUGUUGUUUAUUUUUAGGUUCAAUGGGAGUGAACGUGAUUGUUUAUUUGUGGAGAUGGUGCGGUUGAUUGUUUAAGGCAUUGAGGUUCACAUUUAUUAUGUGUGUCAUCGUGCGCAAAUUUUCCAAACUUGUCACAAAAGAAUAAAUGUUUGAAAUAAUGGUGUGUUAUACGUUUCAGCGUCAUAAUGUAUUCAUUGAGGUAAUUAAUGAAUAACUCUCAGUGAUUUUAUUAAAAACUGUCUUAACAAAGACAUUCACUACUUCUGUCUGAUGUUUAGCAAUGCUUAUGAUUAAAUAUAUAUAUACAAUAUGGUGCCUUCUCCAGUUCCACUCCCUAAAUCUAAGUAUGUUGAUUCGUUUUGGUGCACAUACAUUGUUUCUGUUACAUCAGCGAGUAUAGCAGAAGUGGUAACUUACCCCUUGGAUCUGACGAAAACCAGACUACAAAUUCAAGGGGAGAAAAACUCCUCCAGAAAUGGGGGUGCAAAUGGCCCAUAUCGCGGUAUGCUGCAAACAGCGGUGGGGAUAGCACAAGAAGAAGGGGCACUCAAGCUUUGGCAAGGCAUUACGCCAGCCAUCUACAGGCAUGUGGUCUACUCAGGUAUACGAAUUGUCAGCUAUGAAACUUUACGAGAUAAGGUGUUCCACAAGGAGCCUGAUGGAUCAUUCCCUCUCUGGAAGUCAGCGAUGAGCGGUGUGACAUCGGGUGCCAUUGCACAGUUCUUUGCCAGCCCGACGGACCUCAUCAAAGUACAGAUCCAGAUGGAGGGUCGGAGGCGGCUGCUCGGGAAAGCUCCACGGGUGCACGGCACGUGGCACGCCUUCACCACCAUCCUGGACAAGGGCGGAGUGAAGGGGCUGUGGAAGGGCUCCAUCCCCAACGUGCAGCGUGCCGCACUCGUCAACCUGGGAGACCUCACCACGUACGACUCUGUCAAGAGGUUCCUGCUGACGCACACCACGCUCACCGACAACCACUUCACGCACAUCCUCUGCAGUGCGUGUGCCGGCCUCGUCGCUGCGACCAUGGGCACGCCAGCCGAUGUCGUCAAGACCAGGAUCAUGAACCAGCCAAUAGAUGAUUCAGGAAAAGGGCUGAUAUACAAGUCAUCUGUGGACUGCCUAGUGAAGACUGUUGAGAACGAGGGCUUGUUUGCCCUGUACAAGGGCUUCCUGCCCGUGUGGAUACGUAUGGCUCCGUGGUCUCUCACGUUCUGGCUGUCAUUCGAGCAGAUACGCUCCAUGCUAGGCGCCACUAGUUUCUGAGCUCUGUGAGCUGAGUAGUCUGGGUAGCUGCUGUUGUACGCUUCCGUCACUGUAUAACGUAGUCAAAUGUACAACCACAGCAAACAUCAAUGAAUUAACAAUGCAACAUCAUUCUUUUCACUGUACUCAUUAGUUACAAACUUGUACAUGUAAGGAUAUUUUCUCAAUAUUGUUACAAUUAUCCUAAUUAAAAAUCCUGAAAUAAAUA